AUUAUUUUCCUCGCAUUUUCUCUCCCCUUCGCCUCCUACAAGUCCUCUCCCGAAAGAAAACCCUCUCCCUCGCCGUCGCCGCGUAUAUGUUCAAAACAAUUUCAAGAACUUUCGGGAACCAACAGAGAAACUUCAAAAGUCCCAAAACCCACUGCAGCAUAAGCAAAUGCAUCCUUCUAGUACAGAGCCAACGCUUUGCUAACCUUCGCGGUGACCAUCCUCGUACUCACGUGCGCCAUGGCCUCCUUCUCCGACAAUUUCAACCACCCCUCGCUCUCUGCCAUAUCGAGAAGUUUCAAGAUUGGAAUACUGGUGGUUUCGCUGACUCCAAAGAGUUGUUAUGAGGCUGCUUGUGGUAUUGCUUGAAGAAACUUGCAUUGGCUGUUAAUGGGUAUGUGUUCUUGCCCAAGAAUAUGUAUACCUAAGUUUGGUUUGCUUCGAAAGGAACUCAUUUUUGGCCUGAAACGCCUUGUAAGGACUUAUUAUGCUGCUUCCUUGGAAUUGUUAUUAGAAGACCAUUCGUUUGAUGAAAGUCCUAAAUUUGAAAAUAAGACAGUUGAUAACGUUAAUGUCCCGAGAAGUAGCUCAAGCAUCCAAAAUAGGCGCAAGCUAUUUCCUUUAGUUGGCAGAGUGUUCAAGUCUUUGAAUUGGAUGGUUGCAAGGGAAAUAAGAUUUUCAACGGCCGUGAGAAAGUGUGGAUUUUCUCAUUCCGUCAAUGCAUUCAGAACUAUUAUUCAUAUAUUUGCAUUAGCUGGGAUGCAGAUGGAGGUACAUGCUUUGCUUAGAGAUAUCAUUGGAUAUUAUAAAGAAGGUGAUCGGGAUGUAUUUGAAUUGUUCCCAACUUUGCUGGAUUCAUCUCAGCAUGUGGCGAGAUCAGUUGUGGUAUUUGAUGUACUUAUAAAAGUAUUUGCAGCCAAUUCAAUGCUUGAGAAUGCCGUGGAUGUGUAUGUGCGGACUAAGAGUAUUGGGCUUAAGCCAGAUAUUCGUUCUUGUAAUUUCUUGUUGAAGUGUUUGGUGGAAGCAAAUAAAGUGGAAUUUGUUACAAGUUUAUAUGAAGAUAUAAAACAAUCUGGGCCAUCGCCCAAUGUUUACACAUACACAAUUAUCAUGAGCUUUUACUGUAAAGGACAUCUUGGUCAGGAUGUGGAUAUUGGACGAGCGACUGAGAUUCUAGAAGAAAUGGAGAGUUGUGGUGAAAACCCAACUGUUGUGACAUACAGUACCUAUAUCCAUGGACUUUGUAAAGUUGGUUGUGUUGAGUUUGCCUUUGAAUUUAUUCGGAAUUUGAGAUGUAGAAACCAGCCCCUCAACAACUAUUGUUAUAAUCCUAUUAUUUAUGGAUUUUCCCAAAAAGGUGAUUUAUAUGAAGCUUCGAAGGUUUUGGAAGAAAUGAAGAGCUAUGGAAUACCACCAGAUAUUUACAGUUACAGCAUUUUGAUUGAUGGGUUUUGCAAGAAAGGGGAUGUUGAGAAAGGUCUUAAUUUGAUUGAGGAAAUGCAUCUUUCUGAUUUGAGACCAUCCCUAGUUACCUAUAGUUCACUCUUCUAUGGCCUAUGUAAGAGUGGACUGACAAACAUCUCACUAGAUAUGUUCCAUAAUCUUGGGGAUGCAGGUUAUAGUUAUGAUCAUAUUGCUUAUGAAAUAUUAAUCAAUGGAUUAUGUAGGCAAGAUGAUAUGCAUUAUGCCUAUAAACUUUUGGAGGAGAUGAUCGGCAAUAAUUUGGUGCCUGAUGCUUUCAAUUUUCACAGUCUGAUUCAUGGUUUCUGCAAGUUAGGGUUCUUAGAUAAGGCCAUGGAGGUUUUCAAUAUCAUGCUACAUCAUGGUGUCUUGCCUAAUACUGUCACUUACAAUGUUAUAAUUGAUGGGUAUUGCAAGGAAGGGCACUUGGAGGAAGCCUUGAAACUUAUGGCUGAAAUGCAAGACCUAGGGAUCUUUCUUAACACAUACACCUAUAAUGCAGUUAUUAACAGACUGUGCAAGGAAAGAAAAUCAGAAAAGGCUUGGGAACUUUUUCCUCAAAUGCUUAAGAGAAAUACACUCCCUGGAGUUGUUAAUUAUAGUACGCUGAUGGAUGGUUUUACCAAACAGUCAAAUUUUAAGAAGGCUUUGAUGUUGUAUACAAUAAUGCUAAAAAUUGGGGUCAUGCCGAACACAGUUACAUAUACCAUUCUUGUUAACAUAUUUUGCCGUAGGAACAAAAUGAAUGAAGCGUAUCAUUUUUUCAAGGAAAUGAUAAAAAAUGGUUUGGUUCCAGAUAAGAUUACUUACACAUCUUUGAUAGCUGGAUUUAGCAGAACUAAUGAUAUGAACAAGGCUUGGGCAUUACUCAAUGAAAUGUUGAAUAAAGGCCACAUGCCCAGUGUCGUUACUUAUACCUGUUUAAUUGAUGGGUUCUGCAAGGUGAACCGCAUGGAUAUGGCCGACUUGUUGAUUGAUGAAAUGAAGAGAAACAAAGUGACUCCAGAUGUGGUAACUUACACUGUUCUCAUCAUUGGAUACCAUAGACUUGGAAAUAUUGAGAGAGCACGUGAGUUAUUUGAUGAAAUGAAGUUAAGUGGUAUUAUUCCUGAUGAUACUGCUUUGCGCUGGGGCAUAAAGCUGGAGUAGUUUCCAAAGGCUAGGAAGCCGGGGGAAUAGAGUUAUGAGGACCAGAUGCAGAUAAUGCUGAUGAUUCUAGCUGUUUUGGUGAUUGGAGACAGAUUGACCACUGGUUAAUACCACUUAAUGAGGGUACUAUCAGAUUGGUCAUGUUGUCAAAAAACAUUGCAAAAGCCACAUUGGAGUACAGCCAAGGCCAGUGCUCUUCAAUCGGCAAAAACCACAAUCUUCAAAUUAAAUGGAGCGAGGGAAGGGGGCGUAUUCAGUCAUUUUGUUGAUGCUGACCAAUCAAAGUUGCAUUCUUCUUGUUCCCAAGCAUUAGGACAAGUGCACUAAUAAAUGAGCAAUGCAUGUACAUCUACACGCUCAGAUCGAUUAAAGGAACAUGGAAGGUGAACUGUUAAAGGUGGAUAUCUCACAAAAUUCUACCUAACCAAGGUCUUUGCUUACAUGCGCACUGUACCAGUAAAGAGCAAACUAACUCAAAAGCCUCAAAGGUUGAGGGCAUUGCAAGGAAAAAGCCAAGAGGAUCCACCUGAACCUGGUCUCAUGUUUGAUCAACAAGAAGCAUUUAUUGAAAGGUUGUUGAUAAGCUCCAAUUCUGAGUUACACUCAAGAACUGAAGUCAUUUACACUGGAAAUGAAAAGGGUAUGCGGGAAAUAUCUGUUAGCAUAUAUCUUUAUCACGUCAACCAGUUUUGUAUCCAGAGAAAAUUUCAUUCUAGUGCAGCAUCAAGACAACACCACCCUUUGUAUCUUAGCUAGCUUGGACCAACAAGUAGGAAUGUUAGCGAGUAAUAAGAAACUUCGGUUUUUACCAAUCCAA